AUGGCACCAUGUGUUAAUUUCGUCACCGGCAAUUCUAACAAGCUUCGGGAGGUAAAGGCCAUACUUGAGCCUGGUAUCGAAGUCCGGAGCAAUCCCAUAGACAUCGAGGAGGUCCAGGGUUCCAUUGAGGAGGUAACCGAGUUCAAGUGUCGUAGGGCUGCUGAACUUGUGAAUGGGCCCGUACUUGUGGAAGACACAGCCCUGUGUUUCAAUGCUCUUGCAGGGCUACCAGGACCCUAUAUUAAAUGGUUCUUGGCGGGUAUUGGCCACGAAGGUUUGAACAAUCUCUUAGCUGCAUACGCAGACAAGUCCGCCGAGGCUGUCUGUACAUUUGGCUAUUCUGAGGGCCCAGGACAUAAACCAAUUAUUUUCCAAGGGAGGUGUCCGGGAAAUAUUGUCCCUGCAAGGGGGCCGACUCAUUUUGGUUGGGAUCCUAUCUUCGAACAUGAUGGGAGAACAUUCGCUGAAAUGGACGGGGCGGAGAAGAACAAGAUAUCUCACCGCAGUCGUGCACUUGAAAAGCUUCGGCAAUGGUUUGAGGGCGAGCGCCAACAAUAG